CAACUGCCUUACCAACCCUAGGUUGAUAGCGCAGGCAGUCUCUACCUGAAGACAUGCGACUGUUCCCAUUCAUUUUUUCCAUCAAAGAUUCCCCAUCUCCUUGUCGUGUUGCACAGAGGUCCCAUUCGCAGGCAUUGCCAACAUUGGCCUUCUGUGACGUUGGCGGCUCUUCAAUGAAACGCAGCCUCGCUGGCACAGAACGACUCGAUCUCAAGCGGUGUUGCCUACAGCCUAACGAACAUACUCAAGUUGUGUCUUCCCAUCGACCGAGUCUUCAAGAGUCCUACCCUUGACAAUUUUUCUCCUCUGCGAUCUCGAGUCGAGUAGAGUCCAAAUGCGGACUGCAGACGCCCUUGCAUAAUCUACCAUGAGUUCACCGCCGUCCAACCUGGAUCGACAACUCCGCCAGGCUCUUUGUGACCACCCUCGACGAUAUGGUUAUCGAUAUUCGGCCACUGCGCGAAAUAGCUUGCUAGAAGGCCUCUUCCGCUGCUUGACAAAUGAUCGAGAGGACUACCUGCACCAGUUGUUCCCCAAUGGCUUUCCCCUCUCAUACAAGUUACAAGAUGCGCAAGGGGUGCAGGAGAAUGUUGAGUACACUGCUGCUGCUAGGGGACAUCCCUGUGGCCAUAUCUUCAAAGCAGGGGAAGCCAGCUAUCACUGCAGCACAUGUACCGAUGAUAGCACGGCCGUUCUCUGCGCUAGAUGUUUCGUUUCCAGCGACCAUGAAGGCCAUCAGUACAUAAUUCAAAUGAGCCCCGGUAACACUGGAUGCUGCGAUUGUGGUGAUGAUGAAGCCUGGAAGACACCUAUACAGUGUGCCAUUCACACGGCAAAGAUCGACUGGGCGACUACGGACGACGUUGUUUCUCCCCUACCACAAGAUUUGCAAGAUUCAAUCCGCGUGACGGUGAGCAGAGCACUUGACUUCUUCUGCGACGUUAUAUCUUGUUCACCAGAAAAUCUUCGCAUGCCUAAGACAACAGAGACUGUCGCGCAAGACGAGGUGCGGAGUCGACUGCAAUCUGAGCAUUAUGUUAGUGGCGACGAGGUCGAAGCCAACCCAGAAUUCUGUCUCAUUAUCUGGAACGACGAGAAGCACACGGUCCGCGAAGUACAAUCUCAAGUCGCAAGAGCAUGCCGGCAGCGUGAGUCGUGGGGUCUGGUGAAAGCGGAGGAAACCAAUGAUAUCGGGAGAAGUGUGGUCAAAUUCUCUCGCAACUUGAGUGAGCUGACCAGGAUGGCCAAGAUCAUUGAAGAAAUCAAGGUCACCGUUACAAUCCGAUCGGCAAGAGAUACUUUUCGAGAACAGAUGUGUGGUACUAUAAUUGACUGGUUGGCUGAUGUUGUCGGCUGCAGUGUUGGUGGAGACAGUCAUAUCCUUCGCCGCAUUGUAUGUGAAGAGAUGCUUCAGAUCUGGCGCGUUGGCAGCGAAGCCUGGAAUGCCAAGGUUGGGAAAGAGGACCUGGACGAUCACGGCGAAGAGGAUGACCGGGAUUUCCGACGUCGAGCCAGAGUGAUCCCCUUCGACCCUAUCCAAUUUGCGAUGCAGAGAAUUGUGGCAGAGGGAGACGACAUGCUGACUGACGAAGACAAUGAACCCAUGGACCCCGAUGAUGACGACGAUGACGACGACGAUGAGGAUGAUGAACUAGGCGACGUUGAGGGUGGCCGAGAGGCGACCGAUCUUAUACUCAGCGCAAUAGCGUUCGAAGAUGCAGAAGAUACCCACUCUAUAGUCGAGAACUCUGGCGAUGCUGAUGCCACUGAUGACCCUGACGAAAUGGAUACUGACGGCGACGGUGAUUUCCUUGACGUCGCAGAAAGGAUGGACACCGACCCGGCCUCGCCGGCCCCAGCAAUUGUUCCCGCCCAAAACACAACGGGUCCCGAGAAUACUCUCCAUCUAGGGGGAGCAGAUUCACCAACCAGAGCGGAUGCCAAUGCCAAUUAUCUCAACGUUCCUAGAACACCAGCUGCAUCGGCGCGUCCAUCUUCAUCUCAAUCUCCUCCACCAGACCACUGGCAACUGUCCAGAUCUGGCCAGUCAGCAUCAGGUGCAAGUCUUCCCGUCUACGAGGAUUUGACCAAGAACAUCCGGGUGGAUUCCAUGAUACUAUUCGACUUGCGGCUGUGGAAACUCGCGAGGUCUAAUAUGAGAGACUUGUUUAUCAGUACCUUGGUCAACAUACCACAAUUCAAGCGCAUACUUGGCUUGCGAUUCUCCGGGCUGUACACGACGCUCGCACAACUCUAUCUUGUUGCAGAUCGGGAACCAGAUCAUUCAAUCAUAAACCUCUCGUUGCAACUGUUGACCACGCCCUCAAUUACCGAAGAAGUCAUUGACAGAGGCAACUUCUUGACCAAUCUCAUGGCAAUUCUUUACACCUUCUUGACCACGAGACAAGUCGGGUUUCCCAAAGACCUGGAUCCUGGUGCGACACUGGGAUUCGAUGCGGGAUCAGUGGCAAAUCGCCGCUUGUAUCACUUCUUUUCCGACUUGAAGUACUUUCUGGCUUCGCCCUUCGUGCAAGCCAAGGCUCGGGGUGAGCGUGAAUACCUCUGCCAGUUUCUUGAUUUGGCGAAGCUCUCACAAGGGAUCUGCCCCAAUGUUCGUGCUGUUGGGGAACACGUAGAAUACGAGACCGAUGCAUGGAUCAGUGCAUCGUUGCUAACUCGAGACAUCAACAAAUUAUGUCGACAAUUUUCCGAGGCUUACUAUGUGGCCAAGGGCAGCGAUCCCGUAGCCAUUCGUGCCACUUGCGAUGCAAUCAAACAUGCAGCAGGCAUUGCAGUCAUUAACUCAGUUGGUCUCGAACGAAGACGAUUUGAUCAGGCCGAGAUUAGAGAUCCAGUCAAGUUUCACAACAUCGGUCCUUUCGGAGAUUCUACGAUCUUCAGCGUCGUUGACUUCGUGGUUGAAAGAGGGUCACUCAGCUUCCAUCACCCACUUCACUACACUCUGUCGUGGCUUUUGGAAUGUGGCAAAUACAACAAGAGCUCGAUCGAAGCUCUUCGUGAGGCUGCACAAGCGUUCCUCUCGCAUCUUCACGAUACGCUGGGUGCUCGGGACAAUACUGUCAAGCAAGCUCUUGUUUCCGUGGACGAUGCAUUGCUAGCUAUGUUUGACUAUCCUCUCCGUGUUUGCGCUUGGCUUGCACAAAUGAAGGCAAAUUUAUGGGUCAGGAAUGGCAUGAGUUUGCGACAUCAAAUGAUGCAGUACAAAAGUGUUGCACACCGCGACGUUGGCCACCACCGAGACAUCUUCUUAUUGCAAUCGGCACUGGUAACAUGUGAUCCAAGUCGAGUACUUGCCUCCAUUGUCGACCGAUUUGGGCUGGCUGACUGGAUGAAGUAUGGCUUCGUUUCUUCCGAGAUUUGCGAUGAUGGACAGAUGUUGGAUCUGGCAGAAGAUUUCACGUAUCUAUUGAUCAAUCUUCUGUCAGAUCGAGAUGCAUUGAUCGCGGAUCGAGACAAUGUUGAAUCUCAGCUUCUGGCAGUUCGAAAGGAUCUUGCACAUACGCUUUGUUUCAAGCCCUUGUCAUACUCGGACUUGUGUGCUCGCCUAACGGAGCGCGCUCAGGACCAUGAAAAGCUACAAGACGUACUCAGGCAAAUGACUCGAUAUCGUCCACCAGAAGGUCUGCACGAUUCUGGUUUAUUUGAAUUGAAAGAAGAGUAUCUCCUGGAGCUUGAUCCCUACAACUCACAUUUUUCGAAGAAUCAGAGAGAUGAGGCAGAGAACAUCUACAAGAAAUGGAUGGCGAAGAAGUUGAAGAAAUCUCCAGAUGAUAUUGUUUUGGAACCCAAAUUGCAUCCAAUUCCUUGUGAGGCGUAUAUCAACCUCUGUGAAGUUGUGCAUACAACAGUCUUUGCCGAUGUCAUGCACAAAGCUCUCUUUUAUGUCGCACAAGGACACAAGGGCAAGAACGGAGUCACAGCAACUCGAGUCGAGGCAUUCCUUCAGAUUGUGCUACAAUUGGCGCUAAUUGCCACGCUUGAGGACAAGGUGUCCGAGGAAAGUAAUAUGCCAUCUUUCAUUGGUAAUGCAAUUGACAUGCACUUGGCUUCACAUGAUGCACCUCACUCUACCAUUCUUGAUCAAUUGCACAAAGUCUGGCUGAUGGAAGAAUUUACUUCGUGUCGAAGCAAAAUCCGAUAUAUCUUGAGAGUCUUCAAUCAGAAGCGCCCGCGGCAAUUCAGUCGGGUUACGGAGCAUCUCGACUUCCCUUCCGGCAGGUUUGAUACUUCUUCUCCCGCCAAUGCUGAGAGCGAGAUUGAAGCGAAGAAGAGAAUGGCUAUGGAACGCAAAGCUAGAGUCAUGGCACAAUUCCAGCAGCAACAACAAAACUUCAUGGACAAACAAGGUGUGAUUGACUGGGGAGAUGAUUACCUGGAUCCUCCUGACGAGGAACUACCGAAGUCGACAGAGACGCGUCACUGGAAAUAUCCGUCAGGUUUGUGCAUACAAUGUCGUGAGGAAUCCACCGACUCGCGGAUGUAUGGCACGUUUGCCAUGAUCACCAAUGCGCAUCUUCUCCGACAGACAGAUACAAGCGACGAGGAUUUUGUAGGAGAAUUGUUCGCCAUUCCCGACAAUCUGGAUCGGUCGAUUGAGCAUAUUCGUCCUUUUGGCGUCGCUGGAUCCAAUCAUGAGCAACUACGACGUCUCAACGCAGAGGGCGAAGAGAUCACGGUCGAUUUCCAAGGUCUUGGGAAAGGCUGGCCGAAAGAUCAUACGAUGAAUGGACCGGUAUCUACAAGUUGCGGCCACAUCAUGCAUUAUGCCUGUUUCGAGAAUUAUUAUCAAUCUGUCACUCGAAGACAUUCACAGCAAGUUGCUCGCAAUCACCCCGAAAGAAUAGCACUCAAGGAGUUUGUUUGCCCAUUGUGCAAAGCCCUUGCCAAUUCUUUCUUGCCCAUCGUGUGGAAGCACAGCGAACAGUCAUACCCUGGAAGUUUGGGUAUUUCGCAGGAUUUCGAUCAUUUCAUGGACAAUGAAGUAUCCAAGCUCACCCCGAGCUCGGUUCCCAUGGACAAUAGCACAUUCGAUUCUCUCGCCGCGACAAUGUACUCCGAGACUCUGGACACGCUUUCAAACAGUUCGUUGACGCCGGCAAUCACCAUGUGGCAAGCAGGGGAUCUGACACUCAGCCCCACCAGUCCGGCUUGGGCGGACAAUCCAGAAUUGGCUGGCUUUGCAGAACUCGCUGGUAUAUAUGGCCGUCUAAGAGAAUCGCUCACUAUUACGGCCCGGACCAAUCGUGUUCUUGGUCCGAGCGGAAGCUCAUCUGUUAACCAGUUUCAUGUCCUGGUCAACACGCUUGCAAAUACGAUUGCAUCUGUGGAGAUUGGCCAUCGAGGACGCGAGGCUGAAUUCGGUACGCCUCUAUUGACCAGCGUUCCCCAGCAAACCCUGAGCCACUUGCAAACUCUCUGCUCUACUUUACGAGCUUACAACGCCACCGGGGCAUUGACAAUUCGUACUUCGACGGAGUCUCAGUUUCGGGGACUGUGCGAUCAUAUUGAGCGGCAACUAGCCGGUGCUGUUUCGGGGCACGAGACACAGACUGGGGAUCCAGAACCAGCUCAGCCUCUUCUGCGGACGGAUGCUUUCCAAUUCCUAGUUCAGGCUGCCAUGGUUGUCUGUCCGCUCCGACGACUUGAGGUUCGCCAUUUUUUGCAGCUCGCCCUCACAAUCGAACUCAUCAGGGUGGCAAUGGCGUUCAUGCUCGAUUCCCAGGGAUUUGUCCGAGCCAGCAAAAAGUUGGUCCAAGAUCAGAUUCGACACGGCGUUCCACUUCAAGCAGAUUCUGACGAAGUCCAGAGCGUGGAAAGCUUCAUGACGUGGGUAUAUGUCCAGCUCCAGGAUGAAGCGGUUCAGGCGGAGGAUGUCAGGCCUUAUGGCAGUAAUCUGCACCGUAUGUCCAGAGACGAAUGCAAGGCAAUGUACCGAAUUUUCCAAGUGUACGCUCUGGCCUUUAUGCGAAAGUCGGCUCUCUUCUUCCAUGCCGGACAUGGCAUUGACUUUCCGACCACAGUCGGUUCAGAAGCCAAUCUGCCCGAACUCGAUCGUUUGAUCCACUUCUUCCAGUUGCCCAAACUUCAAGAGAUGCUCAGAUCUUUCGACCAGUUCUCUGUACAUGGAACUCUGAAAAUCCGAGCUCGUUCAUGGAUCGCCGAUUGGUUGAAGUCCGAAGCCGACAUGGUGCCAGCGGGGCAACAGGCCAGGCCUGGACCUUUUCUCCUUAAACUCCUUCACCCAGCACCGUUUGAACUCAUCGGGCUGCCCAAGUACUUUGAUACUCUGAUGGAAGAGUCUUAUCGGCGAAAGUGUCCCACGACGGGCAAAGAGGUUGCAGAUCCUGCUUUGUGCCUCUUUUGCGGCGAAAUAUUUUGUUCGCAGACAGUGUGUUGCCUGACGCCCGAGCUUCGUGGUGGGUGCAAUGCACAUCUCGACAAAUGCUCGAGCCCUGUUGGUAUGUUCCUUUUCGUUCGAAAGUGUAACAUUGCGCUAUUACAUGUCGCCGUCGAUCCGAGGAUACUGGAUCUUGAGCGAGAAAGAAUUGGGCGAGGUACACAACAUACAUUGCCCUCUGGAUCUCUCACCUUGAGCCACGGCUCUUUUUUCCCUGCGCCUUACCUGACGAAACAUGGAGAGACGGAUCCAGGGUUGAGGUCCAAACACCAGUUGAUACUCAGUCAGAAACGUUACGACAAACUCUUGAGGGAUUCCUGGUUGCUGACGAAUGGAAGUAUUUGGAGUGCCAUUGCCCGAAGGUUGGAGAGUGAGGUGAAUGCAGGGGGAUGGGAGACACUGUGAAUCUUAAUCCAAAGAUCAUGACGACCGUCCGCACAUAGAUAUCAUAAACUAUGAAGGAGGCAGAUAUGUAGAUCAGAUUCAUUAUAGUGAAUACGACUUAGUACUCGAUACACGGAUACGAGCUGAAGAGUUUACCAGGCCACAAAAUGUCAGAAGCAAAGCU